GUCAGUAUCUCAUCGGCAGUCGGGGUGUUAACGUAUGCUCUGCGCGCGUCGAUCUUAUAUUUUUACCAUAUUUGCAAUUUUAUCGUGAAAACAUUACGAUCACGAUUCUUUUUUCCACUCCUCAAUGCGUCAUCGAACUCUUUGACAACAAACACUCCUCAUCGCAGCAAAUAAUUCCCUAACAACCGAUCAGUUCCCCCAAAAUUGUACUAAUUCAAAAAUUAAAUAGAAUAAACCUAAAACCAGAAAAUAAACCGAUAAAUAAAAAUAUCAAAGUAUGAUCGCACAAUCUUCAAGGAAUUCUUUCAAUGAUCCUCGAUUAGAGUUCAUCGUUGGGCGAUCAUAAGUGCGGGUUUAUCGUAAAAUGUGUCAACAGAUGUGUGUGUUGAUCAAGUGUGUAAGAUCACCAUAGUGUGUUGCAAGAUACCAGCCUACGUACACCAUCAAGCAUAUGCUUCAUGACAAUUAUUACAUAAAAUUUAUGAAUGAAGGCAUUUGAUAAUUCAAGAGUAAAUAGGAUCGUCAUGAUCAAAUACACAGUGAGUUGGUGUGCAUACAAGUCCAAUGGAAAGAGUUAAUAAAUAGAAAUUAAUUGGUGACAUUCCAAUGUUUCAUUUUGAUAAUUUACACACUCUCUCGAUAAAAAAAACUAUCAAAAGUGUUAUUCUUGGUGCAACAACUUAGAGAUAGGCAUCCCACGGAAAAAGUGUCCCCACAAGAGUGAAUAAUAUUGCACACAGAUUAAAAGGAUAUACAGUGAAAUAAGUUUGCCAUGUGACGAAGUGUUUUUGCUGAAAUAAAUUUAUUUAGCAAUGGAUAUAUCAGUGGAAUAAAAGAAAUUAUCUAGCAAGAAGCACCGUCAAUGGAGAGGCAAUGUCAAGAGCAAGCGACAUAGCGACAGUGGCUAUGGAGGGUCAUCUUCCUGAAAAAGUCGAGGACACAAAGAUGACCAGCAUCUCCUUGCGAAGUAAGUCAGAAGGCGAUACAUCCUACGGCCGGAACUUUCUGCUCGAGAAUGACUUCAUGUACAUCGACGAUGAUGGAGAUGAGGUGGAUUCUGGUUAUGGAACCAAUAGAAUUCUCUUUGACACAGAACAAAAUGCCACAGUGCACGAUCCCAAGAAUUCAACCAAUUCCACCAAUUUGUCCCAUCAGAACCGUCCGGCGAAGACUCAGGAGAAAGAAAACGCCGAAGAGGAACGGACUAAAGAGCAUCACAGUGAUAGGAGAUUAGAGGAUGACAAAAAGGGCGAGAGGUCAAUGGAAAAUGCACAACGAUUAACAAAAAUUGCGGACAUUCCUGUAAAUUGUGAUAGAGAUGGCCAAGAGACGUUCCAUGAAUUGGAAAAUAGUUUAGACAUCGAGAGGUCGAGUCAAGAGGAUGAAGAUCCCUAUGCUGAACUGGAAAUGUAUCUGGAACGUGUUAAAAAAGAAAUAAAUGACGUUUUCGAGCAGCUCAACCAUAAAACGCAUGGUGCAAAAGAUGAAGUGUUUCCAUACACUAAUAAUACGGAAGCAAAUAACGUAGAACGAAGAGGAGAUAACAAAUUACAGAACGAGGUGCGGUUAAUGAAAUCUGACGAUCUAGUAAUAAAAGAAGUAGAAGAUCCAGCCGAGAUCGUGAAGAUGCGAGAUCAGCGGGAAAAAAGAUGUGACCACACGACAAGAAAGAAUGAACUGAGAUCGACAGAAACAUCCAUACUACCAUAUCCGAAGGAUGGAGAAAGAGCAAUGAUCAAUGAAUGGGCCGAUAGUGUAAUGAGAGAAUUCGAUGAGCUAGUUGAAGGUGAAAAGAAGCCGGCUCCUGCGGUGAACAGAAGGCACCAUCGACAAUGGAAUGAUGCCCCUCAUCGUGCUGACCAGCUCCAUCCAAAGCCAUCCAGUGACAAUCUUGUAAAUGGACGAGCUGGUUCUGAUACUUCAUCCCCUAUUCUUGGGUAUGAGAAUCCACCAUUGGAUCCUUCUGCGACUAUUUUGAAGAUCGAUGAAGGGAUUGCGGAGGAAAAGCGAGAAAUCUCAACUCAGACGAGUCCUAAGUUGAAUUCGGUAAAGAAGGAAGUUUCUCCGGAUGCAUGGACAUCUGAGGAGUCUAUCCUCCGGGGAACGGAUACUGUGGAUGAAGACAAUAAAUCAACUUCUUCAUCUGCUGGAGAAGAUGUUUCCGCUGCUCUGAGUUCUGGGAAAUCGGGCAAUUCCCUCAAUUCCUCAGUGGACGAUAGCGCAGAAAGUGGCCUGGGGACUGCAUCUUCUAUUCAUGGAUCUGCUUACAGAAAGAUUCGGCCGUAUCUGCAUCAAAUAUCGCAAAAAUCAAUUGACGACAAGAACACCUGGAUCAGAUAUGAGAAUGCAACGACUCAAACUGGAAGAAUGCGUCCAUCGCUCAAGUUAAUAGAGAAUGCAUCGUUUGUGUCCACAGAUGACCCUGAUCUGCUGGAAGUGUUGAGUCUCUAUGAUGACAACAAUGCUGAAGACGAUGGAUUUGCCCUCUCAGACUCUGAGGCGUCCAGUAAAUUCCAAGAUGAGUCUGAUCAGUCAAUCAGGAGAGUCCCAGAAGUGUGUGAGGAGGAAGAUGUUGUACUGAGGAGAAAAGGCAGUGCUCCUCAGGUGAAGUGUUUAGAUAGAUUGAUCAUGUCAUACAGCCCAAGUGCUCCAUGCAAAAUAAUCAAUAACACCUCGGUGGUACCUGAAAAUCAGUGCAAUAGUUUACCAUUGACUCGACGUGUGACAAAGGAGAAGUACCUUCCGACAAUUAACGGUGAGAAUGUGAGUGAUUCUUCUCUGCCAACAAUUCCACGACGACCAUUCUGUCUGCCAAUGAGUCAGGAAUCAUUUCACAAUAUCUCUCAACUUCCCUCACCCAGCACAACAUCCCUCCACAGUGGAGGGAACAGAAGAUCAGCACUUCUGGUUCAGGAACUCACCACAAAGAGCAAUUCAGCACCGCUCCUGAUGAAGAAGGAACACAAACGUGAUGCCUUCACGGAUAAUACAGCGAGUCUACGAUAUUCACGAUCGCAGAGCGACAGAUACCUGGCAGAAAUUGAAGCCAUUGAGGCUUGUAAAUGGCUUCGUGCUGCUGGUUUUCCACAAUAUGCCCAGAUGUAUGAAGACCUUCAGUUUCCCAUAGACCUGAGUAAUGUGGCUAAAGAUCAUCCCUUCCUGGAAAAUGAUCCCCUGCAGUCUCUCUACCGGCGUCUUGUGGCUUUAAAUCGAUGUGCAGCAAUGAGACUAGACGGAACUCACAACAAACAUGGAAAUAAUGACGACUCAGAUGAUGAUAGUUGCGCCUUGAGCGAAAACUGGACCUUCCAGCCACAGAGUCGUCGAUGGUCACGAGUGGGUGAGAUGGAACUUCCGGCACCACCAGCCAAAGGGGACAAAAACAAGGACAAACUCAAUAUUUCUUCCAGGGAAUCAUCACCAGAAAGCACGGACGCAUUUGAUUACGUUGGACUACCGCAUGGUGGUGGUAGUGAUCAAGAAAUGAUACAGUCGAAAUUUCGUAGAACUGGCAGUGAACGACUAAGAGAUGGCGCUAAAGCCUUCCUACGACGAGUCGAGUCUAUCAAAUCCAAGCGAAGAAAACGCCAAAACCGGGAAGGUGUUAUAAUCAGUGGACCACAGGUCCUGGACUUUGGUCAGAUGAACCAGAAGAUGAGUGACCUGAAAUGCGUCGAUGUAUUUUCCCAUCCAUGCUCACCAGUACCAACAAGUCCUACCAUAAUGUCCCCUAAGCAUCUCUUUGUGAAUAACAAUGAACUGAGAUUGCCUUUUACGGAUCCCAAUCGACUCAGUCCCAAGCAUAUUGUUGGCAAAAAGCCCCAUCACUAUCGUUCCCUGUCCAAUCGUACCAGUCCCCUGCACUUUAUGGGUCAGACUUCAUCAAAGUCUGGCGAUGAUUCCUCAUCAUACUGCAGUGACACCAAUAGCCAGGAUUCGGGAACCAUUCGUGUGGGAAGGAAGAAGCCCAACCGUGCUCGUAGGUUUUUCCAGCGUGGCAGUAAAGUUGAGGAUGCAGGGGCACUGUCGGAUUCCGAGUGCCAUCCUGGGAAGAACAAGUAUUUCAAGGAUACCUCUGGGAAGGAAGUAAAAACAUCUAAAUUGGCCAGAGGAGGUUCCUUGAAUCUCGGCAAGGAGUCCGAUAAGUAUCGUGACGCCUUCCAAAAGCGGAGUUUGAGAUCCAGGAGCACAAUUCGGAAGCAUGAUCGCCGAACGGAUAGUGACAGCAAGGAUGAGGAUGUAAUCCUGAGAUCAAACCGAGGUCCUGUUGUCCGAUGGCAUAGCUUCCAGACCGCCGAUAAGCCUGAAAUGAAGCUCCCUAGACCCCUGUCAGCUCAACCAUCUAAGAAGAAGGACAGUGGAGUUCAGUUUGCCGCCCUGUCCUGUGGUCAGUUUCAGGUGAUCAGGAAAUUGGCACUGGUCACCCUUACGGGUUACAUGGAACGGUACUGUCCGACCCAUCGUUCCGGAUGGAACUGGGAAUUGCCAAAGUUCAUCAAGAAGAUCAAGACACCGGACUACAAGGAUAAGAAAGUGUUUGGGGUACCGCUGUUGCUGGUUCUACAGCGUACCGGACAUACCCUUCCCACAUCAAUUCAGCAAGCUCUGAAGUGGCUCAAGGCCAAUGCCCUGGAUCAGGUGGGUCUGUUCCGGAAGUCUGGUGUUAAGAGCCGUAUCUUCAAGAUCAAAGGCAUGGUUGAGGGUGCCAAAGAAACAGAAUUGGUGACACUUUUCGAUGGGCAGCAAGCUUAUGAUGUGGCUGACAUGGUGAAGCAGUACUUCAGGGAAUUGCCUGAGUCUCUGCUGACCAGUAAAAUGUCAGAGACCUUCAUUGCGAUUUUUCAACACUUACCCCCAGAGGUGCGUCUCGAUGCUGUGCAGUCUGCUGUUCUCCUUCUGCCAGAUGAGAACCGAGAGGUGCUUUACACCCUAAUUGUCUUCUUGAAUCAAGUGUCUGAAUGUUCCAUGUUCAAUCAAAUGACUGCGAAUAAUUUAGCUGUAUGCUUGGCUCCGUCAAUCUUUCACGGUGGCAUCAUCAGUCCGAGGUCAAAUUCUGUAUCCCCUCGACGCAGGAAGCCGACUGGCUUGCCGGAUCCGCGGGAAUUGUGUGAGACUAAGGCCUCCCAUGAAUGUCUUACGUUCCUCAUUCAGAACUAUCGCAGUGUCUUUAUGAUACCCAAUGAGAAGAUGCAGAGGUGCAAAUUCAGUCAUCUGGAUGAAUCACGUCCAGUGACACUGGAUACCUUGGGGGAGGAUAUCCAGUUGCAUGAUUGGCGUGGGUAUCUCUAUGAAUGCACCACGGCAGCUAUUAAGGAGGGCAGGGAGAAGUCUCGGGGAUGGAUCUCCUCGCCAUCUCUUGAUUCUCACGUAGAUAUUUCAUACAAGAAAAUCGGCGAUGGACAUCCCUUGAGGCUCUGGAAGUGCGUUGUGGAAGUUGAAGCUCCACCAAUGGAAGUUCUGCAUCACAUUGUGAAGGAACGUCAGCUCUGGGAUACUGAUCUCCUCAAAUGGCGCAUCAUUGAGCAGCUGGAUGAGAAGAGUGAGAUCUUUCAAUAUGUCUGCGGAGGACAAUCAAUCACGGAUUACUGCGUCCUGAGAUCCUGGAACACUGAACUCCCUCGUGGAGCUUGUGUCAUUGUGGAGACAUCCAUUGACCAUCCAGAUGCUACACUGCUCCUGCUGGGUGGAGUACGAGGAGUUGUCCUGGCUUCACGCUAUCUGAUAGAACCAUGUGGCAGUGGAAAGUCACGGAUCGUCCAUUUAGCACGUGUGGAUGCAAAGGGACGCACACCCGAGUGGUACAACAAGAGUUAUGGUCACAUCUGCAGCCACUAUCUCAGCGCCAUUCGCAACUUCUUCAAGCAUGUGACUCAGGGACCAGAGAGCAAGGUAUGAGAAUUAAUGCAGGCCCCCGCAGGCAACUAAUCCAUGAGAGCUCCUAGUGCCAAAGUUAUGGUUUCACCGAGAGCAAACUCCAAUCAAACAGGCAGUUUCUGAGGACAGCUACUAAUCGGCUAUGUAGGCCGUUUGUGGGUUUCACAAUGAUCUAUCCCAAUUCCCAUAAUCUCCAUCCUCAUUGGCAUAACGGCGUUAUCACACUUGCACAUUAAAAUUUUAAUGUGAUUCACAUUAAUUGUCGAUUGUGAGCGUCCAAAUAUGUUAUUUGUGUCUUUGAGUCACUUAAUAUUUGGGUUUUUUUCUAUUUAUUGAUAAAGAAGUGGACUUGGUCUGCAAAAAUAAGUUUAAAUUUACCUAAAGCAUAAAUAUUUUUCACAUUAAAAAAUUAAAGAGAAAAUCGCAUUAAUUUUUCGCAUUAAUGCUAUAAAUCAAUUUAUAUCAAAUUUUGCGGGCCAAGUCUACCUUUUUAUCAACAAAUAGAUCACAUUUUGAAUAUAAAAUGAUUCAAACACACAAAUUACACAUUUGGACUCUCACCAAUGACAAUUAAUGUGAAUCAUAUUAAAAUUUUAAUGUGCAAGUGUGCUAACACAGUAAUAUUGCUACAGAAAAUCAAUUUUGAGGUAUUCCAAUUGGUGCUUUAUAGAUAAGCUCCAGUCCAUAAGCAAAGCUUUCUUAAAAGAGCUUUUACAUUGAAGUAUUUUGAAGUUUCAACCAAUCAGAUAACGCGAAAUUUCUGAUAUAUUUUAAUGGAUUAACCCAUUCCUUACCAUGGUAUUACACAUCAUACGCAAAUUGA